CUGGACAGCAUGUCGAAUGAGGAAAAGUGGGUCACUUUGAGUCCAAAUGAAUUCUCUCUUCUUCAAGACUAUGCACAAUACACAACUAAGAAACUAAAAGAUGUUCUCCAGGAGUUUCAUGGAGAUGGGAUUCUGGCCAAGUAUAAUCCUGAAGAGGGUGUGAAUCACCUUCAGCAGGAAAUUGACUUUGAGGGUUUCAAGCUCUUCAUGGAGACAUUCCUGGAGAGUGAACUUUCUGAUGAGUUCUGCCAGCAUCUCUUCCUCAGUUUCUGCAACAAAGACCCCAAACCAAGCCCCUCCAUGACAGACAAGCAGAGAAUCAUGGGUCUAAAACUCCUAAAGGGAAGUUCCACUCCACCGAAGGUAUCAUCCGGUUCAGUCCAGCUGAAGGAUAUGAUCUGCUACCUCUCUCUGCUGGAGGGCGGACGUCCAGAAGACAAACUAGAAUUUAUGUUUCGACUUUAUGACACAGAUGGGAACGGGUUUUUAGACAGUAAGGAACUGGAGCACAUUAUCUCUCAGAUGAUGCAUGUUGCGGAGUAUCUGGAGUGGGACGUCACAGAACUAAAGCCGAUUCUGGAGGAGAUGAUGCAGGAGAUCGACUAUGACCGUGACGGGAUGGUUUCUCUUGAAGAGUGGGUCCAGGGUGGUCUGACCACCAUUCCUCUGCUAGUACUUCUGGGACUUGAAACUAAUGUAAAGGAUGAUGGGCAACAUGUGUGGAGACUAAAGCACUUCAGUAAACCUGCAUAUUGUAACCUGUGUCUGAAUAUGUUGAUUGGAUUGGGAAAACAAGGCCUCUGCUGCUCCUUCUGUAAGUACACCGUUCACGAGAGAUGUGUGGCUCGAGCCCCCCUGUCCUGCAUCAAAACAUACGUCAAAUCUAAGAAAAACACAGAGAUUAUGCAUCAUUUCUGGGUUGAGGGAAACUGUCCAAGCAAGUGCGAUAAAUGUCACAAAACUAUCAAGUGUUAUCAGGGGCUUACGGGCCUUCACUGUGUCUGGUGCCAGAUUACUCUACACAACAAGUGCGCUUCACACGUCAAACCCGAAUGUGACUGCGGAUCACUGAGAGAUCACAUACUUCCUCAAAGCACAAUAUGCCCUGUUGUACUGGAGAGACAGUCCACUCUGAGAAAAGACUCCAGCCAAUCAGGAGGCCGGGGGAAAAUACAAAGGACCAAUUCAGUAUCAGUGGAUGGACAGGGGCUACAGAUUACGCCAUUAGAAGGAACUCAUCCGUUGUUGGUUUUCGUCAACCCUAAAAGUGGAGGUAAACAAGGAGAAAGAAUCUUCCGAAAGUUCCAGUACCUCCUGAACCCCCGUCAAGUCUACAACCUGGCCAAGAACGGCCCCAUGCCUGGCUUAAAUUUCUUUCGAGAUGUUCCAGUUUUCAGAGUCCUGGCCUGCGGUGGAGAUGGAACCGUUGGAUGGAUUCUUGAUGUUAUCGACAAAGCCAACUUUGAACAGAAUCCCCCUGUGUGUGUACUUCCUCUCGGCACAGGAAAUGACCUCGCAAGGUGUCUGCGCUGGGGUGGAGGCUACGACGGACAAAGUCUUUUGGAGAUUCUCAAGGACAUUGAGAACAGUACUGAAGUGAUGCUGGACAGGUGGAAGAUUGACAUCACUCCUGUAGACAAAGAUGAAAGAGGAGAUCCAGUCCCGUAUAGCAUCUUGAACAAUUACUUCUCUAUUGGCGUGGAUGCAUCCAUCGCUCAUCGAUUCCACAUUAUGAGAGAGAAACAUCCAGAAAGGUUUAACAGCAGGACGAAGAAUAAACUUUGGUACUUUGAGUUUGGAACCUCAGAGACCUUCUCGGCAACUUGCAAGAAGCUGCAUGAUUAUCUUGAGGUGGAGUGUGAUGGUGUCACCCUAAACCUCAGCAACAUCUCAUUGGAGGGCAUUGCCAUCCUGAAUAUUCCCAGCAUGCACGGCGGUUCCAACCUUUGGGGAGAGAGCAAGAAACGCAGGGGUCACCGUCGAACAGGGAAGAAGUCUCCGGAAAAGAAGACCCCAAUUGUUGACCCCAAACAACUUGUUUUUGCUGUCCAAGACCCGUCUGAUCAGCUUUUGGAGGUGGUGGGGCUGGAGGGGGCAAUGGAAAUGGGCCAGAUCUACACAGGUCUGAAGAGCGCAGGCAGACGUCUGGCCCAGUGUUCCUCCAUCAUUAUCAGAACCAGUAAAGCCCUUCCUAUGCAAAUAGAUGGUGAGCCAUGGAUGCAGAGCCCAUGCACUAUUAAUAUCAUGCAUGAGAAUCAGGCCCGUAUGCUGAUGGGUCCUCCUCAAAGCUCAAGCUUCUUCUCCUUCUUUCGUCGUGACCGCAGAGAGAGUAAAGACUGACAACCCACGACACCUGAGAUCAACGCUACACCUGCUGUAGAGUUAAUGUGAAUGGUGAAAACCAUUGUGAAGGUUCCUGACAGCUGCGGCUUGGCUACAGAUCUAUAGAUUUCAGCUGAUCGCUUCAGCCACCAGUUUGCCGUCUCAGCUAUUUGAUUAAACUGAAAUUAUGAAGUACAAACCAGUUACUGGGAGGAAAAGGCCAAACAUAGGGCCUUUUUUGUUCUCAAAUGUAUAAAAAGUUAUAUUUUGGAAAUCUUUUGGAGUUUGAGUCUUAAUUGUGAAUUCAGAUGGACUCGUGAACACAAACUAUUUUAUUUUGGUUAUGUUAUUUCAGAAGUGAUGGAUUUGUUGGUGCCAAAUGUCAGAUAAGACAUGGCCAAAUGAAAAACAAAGUACUUUUUUUUUUUUUUUACUUAAAACAUGUGAUCUGUUAGUCUAGUGGGACAUUUUUCAUAUUCUUUAGCAUGCUGGGUUCAAAUCCAGAACUUUGUAAAAUUUUAUUUUAUUUUUGCAUCUGAAACUGACAGCCAAUCAUUUUUGUAUAGUAACAAAAAAAUGACUUUCCAAUUUCUACGACAGCAUGUUCCUACAUUAAUCAUGCAAGUAUAAAUAUAUUGAUUGUUUUGGAAGUUGCAUUUUAAAAACCAUUUAAACUGGUUUUGUAAAUCACUACUAUUUUCUAAAACUCUAAACAUGGUCCAUUUAUCUGGAGAAAGAUCAACUAAACAUUGACGAAUCAUUUCCAGAAGCAUGAACAUGUGGACAAACAGUAUUUAUAUUACAAGCACAAAUUGAGGUUUUAGGUUAUCAUUAGACAAUCCUCAUCCAGAGCCAGUCGUCAAUGCGCAGUGUUUAGGCUUUUUAAUGCAAAUGCCUGUCUGUGAUUUAUUUUAAGCCAAAGCUGCUUGCUUGUUGGCGAAGAAUCAGAUUGAAAGAUUUGUAUUUUGUCUUUACAAGACAUGGUUGUCAUGGUCACAAGGUGCUUUACUCAUGCAUAUUCAUGUGUUGUGAUGCACUUCUGCCAGAGCUAAAGCAAAUGUGCGACUGCACCUUUCCUUUUCUUGUGAUAGCAGCAUGUACAGUAAUGAUGUGAGAAACUAUUACACAUCCUGGUAACUUAAGUUUCUGGUUAGGCCUGGUUUAGUUUCACUCAACCCCAACAUAGCUCGCAGUUCAUAAUAGAUGCUUUGUGCAAUGAACUGACAGUGAACUUGCCUGAUGUAUUUGCAUGUUGGUUAGAGAUAUGACGUAUGCCAUUUUUAGCAAUUAAAAGUUAAAACGGA